AUUACAAUAGCACAUUUUCCUCUUUUCUGAAUCCCGCAAAAUCAAAGAUUGGCGAUCUACACCUCCGAGCUCACAUCGAUACUGUGUUUCUGACGGGAGGGAACGCCUAUCGCCUCGACCCCUCGAAGAUAAGUUUACCUACCGUACCAGAUACAAUAAUACCUCUGGUUCGGACAGAGGAUUCCCAACCCCCACCUCUGCGCCCCGCUGUUCAUCAUGAAGUGCCAGAAAUGUCGGCAGGCUAUCAGGCUUCACGGAUCGUUAGACGACCUAAGCCCGGCAGCAUUCAAUCUUUUAGUUGGUAAGAUCUUUACCCUACGCCCUUACCGCUCGCACCCUGACGAGUGCACGCCCAGGCUCAUAACUCAAACCCGAGAUUAGGAUCCUCCGCAAACGGGCGUCCACACUCUGCAGACCAAGCACCUACCCCGCAGCGACCAACAUACCCCCAGGACCGGCGAGAUGUUUACGAGAAGGCGAGCCGAAACUCCCCAGCCCCGUUAAUCAAGCGCACGGUUCAACCUAAGCACCCACCGCCCCCGGCGGUGCCACAUUCCCGACGGGACUCUAAAUCGGUUUACCAAAACACGGCAGAUUCAUACGUUAUGCUAUCGCAAUCGCAGGUUGCCCUGCCGACACAGGCAACGUCUCGUAAUGCGGGGAGCUCUUCGCAGGCCGAAUACACCGUCGGGAAUGACUAUGAUCAGAACGCCCUGUCGCAGCAGAUGAGGACCUCUGCAGUUUUGUUCGAUAUUUUGUCUUCGAGGUCGGAUAUAGAUCAUCCGAUAUGCCAAGAGUGCUCGGAGGUGUUGACCGAAGGGUUGGCUAAACGCUACGCAAAUGCCACGAGGGAACGUGACGCGUAUGUAGAUUAUCUCAAGCGAGUCAAUGCAGAGAUACCCACGGAUGCAGAACGUGAAGCUGCCGCGAAGGAGCUAGAGGAACUGAAGGUCCAGGCUGCGGCUGAAUUGCGGGAGCUUCAGGACAUGGAGCAGGAGAAAGCGGCUGUCGAGGCCGAAAUCAGGGCUCUUGAGGAAGAGAAAAAGAAGCUGGAUGAGGAGGAGCAAGAGUUUUGGAGAGAGAAGAACUCCUUCUCGCUCCGAUUAGAGGCCUUCCAGAAUGAACGGGAUGGGGUUAACCUCCAAUACGAUCAUGACUCUGGGCAGCUGGAGAAACUGCAAAGGACUAAUGUGUAUAAUGACACAUUUUGUAUUGGCCAUGAUGGUUACUUUGGCACAAUAAACGGCUUGCGGCUGGGAAGACUUCCUAAUCAGCCUGUACGUAACCCUCCAAAUGAGAACCAUUUCCUAACUCACACACAAAGCAGGUAGAAUGGACCGAAAUCAACGCAGCCUGGGGCCAAACCCUCCUCCUCCUCGCUACCAUCGCCGAAAAACUAAACUUCGCCUUCGACUCUUACCGCCUAAAACCCAUGGGCUCUAGUUCUAAGAUAGAAAAACACGACCCACCCGCCAACCCCGCAAACGAAUCCAAGGUCACAAUCCUAGAGCUCUUCUCAUCCGGUGACCUCCCGCUGGGCCGGAUGUUCAUGCACCGCAAAUUCGACCAGGCGAUGGUUGCGUUCCUGGAAUGCCUCCGCCAGCUUGGCGAGUUUGUCGAGAGGACUGAUUCUGGGGUGAAACUACCGUACAAGGUUGUCAAGGACAAGAUUGGGGAUAGCUGCAUUCGUCUUGCGUUUAACCAGGAUGAGGCAUGGACCAGAGCGUGUAAGUACACUCUUACUUGCGUCAAGUUUUUGCUGGCGCAUACCAGGUUCGUUCCCCCACUAGUCACUGCCUUAUUUUGGUUGAAGCUGUUGUGGAGAGAGCUAACAUUUGUGCGGUUGGGGUGGGUAGCAAUGCGAAGAGGUUAACGGAUAGGCCUUGAGCGUUAGAGCACGGUGGUGUAAAGUUACGAAUAGAAGUCUUCUUUGUGUCUUUUCCCGUCUUUUUUCUUUUCUUCCUGCUCCCCGUGCGGUGGGCUUGGUUCAGGACAGGUGAUGGUUCAGGGACUGGCUGUACUCUAGUCACAUCAUAAUAUAGACUCCUGAAAGCUCG